GUUAUUGGCCGAUCCCUCAAGUCGUUACCAGGGGCGUGGAACCAAGCGAGCUGAAUGGGAAGCAUAUUUGUGUACCUCGCCGUGGUAUUGACUUCAGUGAGGAGGACAGACGAUGACAAGCUAAAACACAGUUGUCCGCGUGAAUUAAUUACCGAGGGGACGACCGGGGUGAACCCACAUAUGUGGUGUGUUUGAGCGGCCUGAGGGUCUUUGACUGCACGCUCCGCAUUCAGCAGGGCACGGAGAGACUCGGCAUCGUCAGCUGCAACCGAGGAAGAGGGAUGCGACUUCAAAGGAUAUAAAUACGACAUAUUGUGUCUUUUUCGUGACUAAAUGGGAUCAUUUUUAUUAAGCAAAGACUAAAGUUGAAUGUUAAAUUGUUUGCGGUCGUGCUCGUGGCUCCUGUGUGUGAAAAUCGGGAUAAUACACAGAUAGGGCGUUAAAUGGUCCACCUUUAUUUUUUUACUGUGGACAAACGAGGUUUUUCUUUUUCUCAUUCUGGACCUUUUUCUCCUCUCUGUGUCGCUUGGGCGUGUUUGCUCGGGUUUAUUCGCUUUUCACGAAGCUCCUGGUUUAAAAUGAAAUCCACUCGGUGCCAUCCCUCCUGGUGGUGUUAGGGGCCUCUGCUGGCAAUCUGCGUCACCGAGUGGGCGCUGCAGGUACUCAUCUCUGGAUCUGCAGUUUGGCGAGUCUAGUCAUGGCAAGAAUGACCUGGAAACCGAAGUAACUGAACUCUAAAAAUCCACCAUGGAGCCGGAGCCCAAUUCCAACUCCGUAGAACUGAAAUAUCCAUCUGUAUCCAACUCUCAGCGUGAGCUGGCCACAAAUAUGUAUGAGGCCAUGGGUGAUGGAAAUGUCAAUAUUGUGGACUCAUUAGUGAGAGGUGGAAGUGACCCCAGUGCAUAUCCUUCUUCUAGCUAUCAGAGGAGUGUUCACCAGAGAUUCAUAAGGAGGAGCCUCUGGUUUUCUGACACAGAUGAGCAGACCUUUGAAGCACCUGAAUGUGACAACAGGAGUAAGAUCUUGAACAUAAACCUGCGAACAAUAGUGGACAGGACACGGGGGACUAGUUGUGGGAUACAAGAAGGUUCAAGCACUGAAAGUCAAGGGGGGCAUAAAGACAGCGCAACAGAGAGCGCCAGUGCUGAUGAAGAAAAGGAGAAAGGCAGGGAUGCCUUAAAUCUUACGUGCAAUGAUGCUGGUAAAGCUACCAUCAAGGCAGCCAGUGAGGAGACUGAGGAGGAGGCCGAGAUGAAAGCAGUCUCCACAUCUCCAGGGGGAAGAUUCCUCAAAUUUGACAUAGAGCUAGGAAGAGGGUCCUUCAAGACGGUCUACAAGGGUCUGGAUACGGAGACCUGGGUGGAGGUUGCCUGGUGUGAGCUGCAGGAUCGUAAGCUGUCGAAAGUAGAACGCCAGCGCUUCAAGGAGGAAGCAGAGAUGCUGAAGGGUCUCCAGCAUCCCAACAUUGUCCGUUUCUAUGACUUCUGGGAAUCACCCGUGAAAGGAAAGAAGUGCAUUGUACUAGUAACAGAACUCAUGACUUCAGGAACACUAAAAACCUAUCUGAAGCGUUUUAAGGUAAUGAAGCCAAAGGUGCUGAGAAGCUGGUGCAGACAGAUCCUGAAAGGCCUUCACUUUCUCCACACCAGGACUCCUCCCAUCAUACAUAGGGACCUCAAAUGUGAUAACAUCUUCAUCACUGGACCUACAGGCUCGGUCAAAAUUGGUGAUUUAGGACUGGCAACUCUCAAGGCUGCUUCCUUUGCAAAGAGUGUCAUAGGGACACCAGAGUUUAUGGCACCAGAGAUGUAUGAGGAACACUACGAUGAGGCUGUGGAUGUUUACGCUUUUGGCAUGUGUAUGCUGGAGAUGGCCACCUCAGAAUACCCCUACUCAGAGUGUCAGAAUGCUGCUCAGAUAUACCGCAAAGUCACCAGUGGAGUGAAACCAGCCAGCUACAACAAGGUCAUGGAUCCUGAAAUCAAGGAGAUUAUUGGGGAGUGUAUCUGCCAAAAGAAAGAGGAGCGGUACACCAUUAAGGACCUGUUGAACCACGCUUUCUUUGCUGAGGACACAGGGGUACGAGUGGAGCUGGCUGAGGAGGAUGAUUGCAAAAAGGCAUCAAUAGCCCUAAAACUUUGGGUGGAAGAUCAUAAGAAGUUGAAAGGCAAAUACAAGGAGACCGGAGCCAUUGAGUUCACAUUUGACUUGGAGAAAGAGGUCCCUGAGGUUGUGGCACAAGAGAUGGUGGAGUCUGGCUUCUUCCACGAGAGUGAUGCCAAGACUGUGGGAAAGUCGAUCAGGGAUCGUGUGGCUCUGAUCAAAUGGAGGAGAGAGAGAACGGUGUCCGCUGCAGUCGCGGUGGAUCAAGGUGAAGGGGGGCAAAGGGCCCAGAUGAUAUCAUGUCAGGGAAUCCCUGCUGGGGCUGCACAAUUAGGACAGCCGUCGCUGGAACCGGAAGAGCCAGAGGCAGACCUGCACAACAGGCUGCGAAACCUACCAGCCAGUGCAACCUCAGUGACAUCAGACAGCACACUUGACAGUGGUAUGGGCUCGACUGUGUACUCAGACUCCCACAGCAGCCAACAGAGUGUCCUCUACCAGUCCCUGCUGGAGCCUAUUACUAUGGCAACACAGCAGAAUAGUUCUAUAGGUCACCAGAAUCAACCAUGUAUACAGGGGCUGCCCUCCUCCAGUGCAGCUGUGCACUCAACACUACAGUACCUCCAGGCAGGACACAGCUACCCUACUGCUCCAUAUGCUGGCCAACAAAGUGUCCCCACUCCAGAUCCAGCUGGUCUUCAUUCAUUCAACAUCCAGCAGUCAGUCAGUGCCGCUGGCUUCACACCUCCGAGUGUGCAACACACACAAGCUUCAACGAGUCUGUCAGCAUCAGCCGUGCCACAACAUGUCGCACAGGGCUACCAUGCACAAGGCCACCAACAGCAGCAGGCAGCAACAGCAAGCUCUUUGACUUGCACAAUGAAUGUCCAACAAACCUGUCAGAACUGUGUGGUUCCAACUCAGCAGCAGACUCAAUCAGGAUAUCCCUGUCAAGUUCAGCAACAUUCUGCAGCAGCAGCAGCAACCACGCUGCCAAUACAGCAGCCAGCACAAAGCUUUUCUGUUGGAUCUAUGGGAGCCACAGCCCAGUGUCAUCCUGCACAAGCUCCCAGCGCACUGCAACAGAUUCAAGCCGCAGGCAACCUGCCAAGUCAGCAGUCUGGUCAGAGCUCUUCCACACCAGCACUUUACAGCCAACAAAUACACAUUCAGCAAGAGCACCAACAGCCCUUACCGCAAAAUACUCAAUCCAAUAUUCAACUUACGCAACACACCGAGCAGGCUUUUAUGCAGGCUCAGCGGCAACAUGGCCAAGAAACUCAACAUACCGUACACCAACAUAUGGCACAACAGCCGACCCACUAUUCUCAAAGUCAUCCGUCUCCUGCUCUGCAACAAGUUCACGGUCAGACUACCAUGCAGGCUACAGAACCAAAACAGAACCGGGAUGUCUCCCAGUCCACAGUUCAACAGGCUCCGAAUCCAGCUCAAGCACAUCCUUCAUCAACCCCAGCUGUACAGGUUGCAGUCACGCAGAGUCAGAGCCAGUACCUGCCUGCACAGUCUGCUGCCGCUGCACAGAGCUAUGGAGGAGCUAACCAGUUUCAACCCUAUCUUUGCGCUGCUGCUUUCCUGAAUCAGAGCAUUCAGGCUGGUCAAAACAUUUCUCAGGUUGGACAAGAUGGCCAAGGCCUUGGGCAAAAUCUAAACCAGUCCGCUUCCAGUUUGCCAAUUCAGGCACAUCCUCCUCAGCAGUCAGUUGCUCAGGCGGCUGCCCAUCACCAACUCCAACCUCUGCAGAUUUCAAACUCUCUACAAACUGGUCAUUCGUCCCAGGUCCUGCUCCCCCAUCCCGAGUGUGUCCCUUCUGCUCACCUCACCCAACCUGCAGUCUUCUCCUCAACGGUGCAGAAUGGACCUGACCCUGGCACAGCCACCAACGCGUCCCAGCUGGACAGCAAGAACCCAUGCCAGCUUCCCCCGCAAGCCCAGAAUCAAGUUCAGAGCCAGAUUUCUGUACCGCAGCAUUCUGACUCUCAAAGAGCAUCAUCUGGGUCUGCCAGUUCCAGUCUGACUCAGCAAAAACAACUCAGUACUCUCCCAGGAACUGCAAGUCAGGUCCCAUCUGAGACUAGCACUGAGGAUCAAGUCUCUGAGAAACCCACUGGAGGACAGAGCUAUGACAGUCUGAACUCUGAUGCCACGUCAGGAAAGGAGAUGAGUGACGGCUAUGAGGGAACGCAUGGCGGUAAAGGUGAAGGGAAAACCCGUAAACACCAUCGCAAGUCCUCUCGCACUCGUUCUCGCCAAGAAAAGAUCAACAGGCCAAAGCUCCACAUGCUCAAUGUUUGUAACACGGGGGAUAAGAUGGUUGAGUGUCAGCUGGAAACUCACAACCAUAAAAUGGUCACUUUUAAGUUUGACCUGGAUGGAGAUGCACCUGAAGAGAUCGCUACAUACAUGGUUGAGAAUGAUUUCAUUCUGCCAUCAGAAAAAGAAGUGUUUAUUGAGCAGCUGAAGGAUAUUGUGGAUAAGGCUGAGGACAUGCUGAGUGAGGACACUGAGGGUGAGAGGAACUCAGACCAGGGAGGCAUUCCUAAACAGAGUGAUGGAGCUUGCACACUGGGAAUGGAGGGACUGAUGGCUUCUGCACCCAGCAGCCCACAGCUGGUGUACCAGCAGAAUGUCCUCCAUACAGGAAAGCGCUGGUUUAUCAUCUGCCCUGUGGCUGAGACCCCUACUUCAGACAAAGAAAAGUCAGAACCUCACGCCUCUGCAACCAAGGAAUCUGAAAAGUCUGCCCCCCCAUCAGUCAGGCCCAGCAGGAGCACCUCUACGGCAACUACACCAGCCACAUCUUUAUCAUCCCAGCCCAGCUCCUCCACCCUGCCGCCUGCAUCUCAGACUUCAGUCACACCCCAAGACCAAACCAUGGACAAAGCUUGCAUGCAGCAGCCUCCACCCUGUAUUCCUAAACAUGACUCUGCUGUUGGUGGUGGUACCGGCCGUCACAACUCUCUUCCUGUGGAAGAGCCUUGCAUCUCUGCUGUCUCAAUGGUAACGGACAUACCUUGCUGCGCUAUUGUUCCACCUGUAUCUCUGGAUGUUAAUGCUGUGGAUAAAAAAGAAACUGGGAGUAUGCCCUCCUCUCAAACUACUCAGACUAAUCAGAAGUCUAGUCCAACUGGAGAACUACCCCCCCAGCUUGCCUCCCAUCAGUCUGUGGUCCUGCAGCAACCCUACGCCACACCCAUGCAGCCUGGGACUGUCACCUCCCAGCCCCAGAGUCCAGCACAUCAGACCCCCCAGAACUCUCAAACAUCCAGCCACCAGCAGCCAGCAAGUGGAGGGCCAGGAGAGUCGGACAGUGAGGGACCAAAAAGGCCGGAAUUUGUAGACUGCACCAUCAAGACUUUGGAUGAGAAGCUGAGAAACUUGUUGUACCAGGAACACACUCCCUCUCAGCCCUCCACCAACGCAACUGAGGUCUCAGCCUCCGGUGCAGAGGGAGUCACCACACCUCCAGUGUCAGAGGGUCAGAGUACUGAGGGUGCACUUACAAAGAAGAAAGGAGAGCCACUGCCUCAGAUACCAGAGCGCACAGAUAGUGCAGGAGCAUUUAGUGACUCUGGAGUAGCAUCCUCAAACAAGCUUUUGAACAGACAAGAUGAAGUCGCUGGCUCUGGCUCAUGUAACUCCAAAAGCCGUUUUCAAAUCAUUCCCACUCCACCUGAGGUUAUUUGUCGUUUAGAGAAAAGCAAGACAAGCCACAGCUCCUGCAGCUCCACAGCACCCUCUAGUGGUUCUGGUGGGUCUCGCAGCCAGUUCCUGGGCCAAGGCAGGAAAGAGGACAGGUCCUCUGCGACAGCUGCAGCUGAUAAAGAGAAUGCUGAAACAUCCAAACCUCAUGGCAGUAAUCGUUACUCUGCACCACCAAACUUCUACAGGGCCACUUCCACUUCCAGCCCUGAUGUCACCCCGCGCCACAUCCCCCGGGCCCAGACAGUUGACACUCACAGCCACCUCCACUACCAACAAUCCUCUCACUUAUACUCUGAUUCAGCAGACGAGGACAGCAGCAGCGUAGCCCUUCCCCCAGCCCACCCUGCUCCCCCAGCUCACGCCCUGUCUGAGCACAGUGGAAGCGACCUCAUGAAGAGGGCAGUGGCCUUCCUGCGGCGCUCUGGACGGAGCAAAAGUGAACAGAGCUCUGACUCACCGAGUCGACAUCCCGUAGCAAUGAACGGUCACGCUUCCUCACCUGCCGCAGGACAUGCCCACUCAUCUUACAUCAGCAGUGACAAUGACUCUGAGUUUGAGGAUGCAGAUAUGAGGAAAGAACUGCAGAAACUGAGAGAAAAACACAUGAAGGAGAUCUCUGAGCUGCAGGCUUUUCAGAGGAGUGAGAUUGAGCAUCUUUACACGGAGCUGGGCAAAUCGCUGCCCCCCAACGUUGGCCUACUUCAUGCUGCACCCCCAACCGGCCGCAGGCGCAGGGCCAGUAAACACAAGCUGAAGGCUGGGAAACUGCUCAAUCCGAUGGUGCAGCAGCUGAAAAACAAUCUCAACACCUCCACAGAGAGGAAAGUUGAGAGUGGCGCCAGUUCCUCCAGCUCCCCGGCUAAAAGCUCAGUCCUGUCAGAUGGCUCUGCCCAUUCCAGUGGCAGUUCCAGCUCCAGCAGUCAGCCACACUCUGCCCCGGAGCAGGUCCACACCCAGCAGCCCUGUUCUUUGAAGGGCUCUUUCUCCUCUGACAACAUCUAUGCUGGACGUCACGGAGAUAGAACAGCCAACCAAGCUGGCCCCGGGCAAGGCUGGACGGUUUACCACCAAACGUCAGAGAGAGUCACCUAUAAAUCUAGUAGCAAACCACGCACUAGAUUCCUCAGUGGACCUGUGUCUCUGUCCAUCUGGUCCACUCUGAAACGACUAUGUCUAGGCAAAGAUCGCAGUAGUAGGUCUUCUCUCAACACUAACACAGCUCAGACAGCCGCCAAUCAAGCACAGCCGACACUCACCACCACCACACCCUCACCAUCUCCUCAGCCAAUCCCACGGCUUGCUCAGGUUCAGACCAACAACAGCAACAACAAGAGAGGCACAUUCACCGACGAUCUUCACAAACUGGUGGAUGACUGGACGAAGGAGACUGUAGCUGCGGCCAACCAGCCGCGGCUCUCUCUGAACCAGAUCAAACAGCAGAGACGACAGCAGGACCUGGAAGGCAAAGCAACCCCAAAGGGAGGAGCUACAAAUGAGAAGAAGUGCCACGGUGGUCCCAGCAAGUUCCGGUUGCCUCUCUCCUGCCCCCUGACUGCUGCUUUAGGCCCAGGCAUGCCCACAACCCUAGCACCCAACUCCUCAGCGAUGCUCCCCCCUGGUUACCUAUCGCCAGUAGGCUCUUAUGGCGGGAUGGUUCCUGGUCCUCAUUACCCCCAGCAGUGGUCUGGCUUGCCUAGUCCUGUGGGUUCAGUGGGUCCCGUAGGCCUGCUUGGUGCUACAAGAAAUAUACCCUAUGGCACAAUGGCAAACCCAGGGAUCCAAAACUACCCUCGGGCCUUGCACGACCCCGAGACUGGCCCCUGUCUGAAAACCACUAGGACUACCUAAUCUCCAAACUCAGCCCUGCUGUGGUUCACCAGGGCCACGUGUACAUAAUGUGACCUUGUAAAUAACAUAAGAGUGUUGGUAUCAUUUAUACAACACCUUUAUCUGUAGUUUGUUGUGUAUGAGAGUGUGUGCUUGAAUGUACGCGUGUUUACUUUAUAUUACAUGUUUAAGUAUGUAUGUCUGAAUACCUAAUGCUUCUUGGCUUUGGUCUUGACUCACAUUAUUCUUUAUUUCGUUAUUACUGCAGUUUUCACAAUGAUUUUGCCUUUCUCUGUGUUACGCACAUGUUGAACACUACAUUGGAAUCCAAAAACCAGUGGUUUGAGAUACAGUAACAGGACAGUAUUUAUGAGGAAGAUCUCUGAAGGAAUGUAGUGCCUUGAUCAAUGAUUUAUCAAUUGUUUUCUUCUUUGUGAAACUACAAGCAUGUCUGCAUCCAAGUUAUUUUAUUUAAUGGUAGCUUGAGUGCAGUCUCUCUCUUUUUUUUAAAAAUGCAUUACAGACACUUUUGUUUUUCGUUUACAUAUGAAUGCCCUUGUAGUACUGCACUAUUAACACAGUAUAUGCUCUUAUUUAAAUAAUAAAAUCUUAUUUUAACCCUUGUUUACUUUUCACCCAUGUGACAGGUGGAAUGCCAUAGUGGUGAGAUGUGCCGUUGCCUUGCAGAAACAAAUGGUUAAUAUGCGACUGACAAGAAAAAAAAAAUGCCAGCAGCCAAAAUCCACUUUUUCAGGUCAAAUGGUUAGGUUGGAUGCAGCCUCUUUUUGAAGUGUUGAACAGCACAAGAGUUUGCAAUUUUGUAACCUUGUGCUGAGAUAACAGGCAGUGUCCAGAGCCAUAGAUACUGUACAUAGUUCUUUCUACAGUAUAUGCCUCUGGUAGUGAUCAGAAUGUAGCAGUUAAUACUGGAAGGCUUGAGGCUUUUAAAGUGCAAUUUAACCCCUCCACAAAGCUUUGAUCGUGGCCUUGCCACAAGCCUUAUCUCUUAUGAUGUGUGCAACAGGAGCAAGCUGAUAAGUUGAACAAAGUUAUUAAACACAAAGCAACAGACAGAAGUUACCCGGCAAAGUAUAAACGUAUAAACCACAAUCCAAACUCUGAAGUCGAUCCUGCUAAAUGUUCUUUCAACUUGGCUGUCCUAUUACUCAGCAUACACUGUAUGUAAAAUGUUGUGUGCAAUCACAGUUAGGUCUGACGUUUUGAGUUAUUUGAUGUUUAAAGCUUGAUUUAUUUGAUGCUGCUAUUGUCUGAGGUUCCACUGUACAGUUUCGCAUUCUAGUCACAGAAAAUGGUACUUACAAUAAAACAGAAACUCCUCAAAUUACAUAAACAGAUGAGAUUCUUACAACGCAGUGUUAUUGCCUUGUUGGAGUUUUAAUUGUCUAUAUUUCCCAGGUUACUUUUGUUAAUAGCCUUUUUUUCAGUUAGAUAUUGCAAAAUUCAAAUGAUACUUGAUGCUGGAGAUUUGCACAACAUAUACGUUCCCUCUACCUAUGUUUAAAAGUUUCCUACACUGUGUAUAAUGGGUUUCACAGCCUGUACUUUUUCAAGUCACAGAUAAGCAUGGCCAACUCCCAUGUUCCACAACGCAAAGAGAAAUAAAACAGCUACUGUGGUCAGAAAUUUCACAUCUCCACAACACAUUUGAAAGAUUUACGCACCCCAAUCCUGCCAAGCUGUGAAUUGUACAGUUGUCUUGUACUAUAUAUUUGUACAUUUUGUUUGUCUGAUGGUGAAAUGUGUGUAUGGCGGUGAUAGUGGUGGAGGUGGUGGUGGAGGUGGAGGUGGAGGUGGAGGGGUAGUUUUGAUGUAUAUUAAUCCAGCAAUUCGGUUUGAAUUGGCCUUUUAUAGGAUAUUAUGCAGAGUCCUCUGCUUUGGUGAAAUACUUCCAGUAGUAAGAGAUUUCUGUUCUCUGUCACUUUUAUCUGGUAUGUUUUGUUCCACCUCCCUCGCUGCUACCUCAUGGGGAGCAGACGGGGGAAUAACUAUUAACUGCAUAUACAUUUGGGUGCAGUGAUCAAAAGGAGAGCUGAGAUGCAGAGAGGAGGCGUAUUUCUUCUAACUUUGAACAUCUCACUUCUCUCUAGAAGACAACAUUGCCCCCUGGUGAAUAUGCCCUGAUCGUCAAAGGCUUGUAUUUAAACUGUGUGGGAUUGCUUCUGCCUGCUGAUUGUCCCACUGCAUUACCCCACCCUACCCUGCUGCACUCUAAACACGGACUGUAUGUUGAGAGAGAAAUAAAUAUUAUUUUGUGCUUGAUG